CCGAGUCCCAUAUCCCCCAUCACUGAAGACCAAAUUUCCCUCAGGCUCUCCAAGAAAGGAGAGCAAGGACAGCCUCAUGAGUGAGGUGGGAGAGGUCACCCUCACGGAGGUGACCUCCUCAGUCUCCCCUCAAGCCACGCAGAAACUCCUGGUUUCCUUGGAAAGCGGAGAUCCUCCCCGGGCCCCAGUCGCAGGCAACCUCAGCGGAGAUGCAAUUACCAAGACCACCGUGGCAGCAGGCGCCAAGGGAAAGGUGCCCAAAAAGGUCAUCGCCAAGAGAGUGCGAGGCUCUGUCAAGUGGUUUAACGUGAAGAAUGGGUACGGUUUCAUCAGCAGGCACGAUACCCAGGAAGAUGUGUUCGUUCACCAGACAGCCAUCACCAGAAACAACCCUCACAAAUACCAACGCAGUGUGGGCGACGGCGAGACAGUUGAGUUCGACGUGGUGCAGGGUGAGCGGGGCACCGAGGCCGCUAACGUGACCGGGCCAGCAGGUGCCCCAGUGCAGGGCAGCCGCUACGCUGCCAAUCGUCCCCGCUUCCGCAGGGGCUUCUACAUACGUCGCCGCGCACCGCCCCCACGAGGUCCUAUGGGCGCUGAAGAGGAUGUCGACGAAGAAGAGGCCAGGCACGAAGGCUUCACCGAAGCCGAGGGCCAGAGGCGCCGCCUGGCCGGCGGACCCCAAGACCAAAGGCUGCGGCGCUUCCCACCCGUCCAAAGGGCCUCUGCCAUGUCCCGCCGCCCGUCGAUCCUCACUCCCAGCAGCGGCCCGAGGCCUGGCCACCCGCCCGGGUCCACCCCAGCUUCAAGGCCCGAGGGUGCCCCGCGGCGAGGGCCAGGCCCCAGUUACCUGCUGAGCCGCCCUAGGGGCCGAGGCAUCGCUCCUGUUCCAAGACCCUCAGCGGGCAUCUCUGAGGAACCCGAGGAGGAAGACAAGGAAAGCGGGCGUGAGGCCAGCUGUCCGCAGCAGAAGCCCCCGCCAGGCUACGGAUCCCGCCGCCCCAACAACCCACGCCACGGCCCACAGCAGGCACCUGGUGCCCAGGGCCAGGAUACCUUGGGAGGAGAAGGCAAGAUCGGGACGAGCCCUGCUGAAAUACCUGCUUUGGUUGCUUUCGCCAAGAAGAACAGCACCGCUGAGGAGGAGGACACCUUGGUCUCAGAUGUCCCCUCUGCCACCACCCAGGCCAACUAACAACAGCCUGGCUCCCUCCCCAGGGACUCCCAGGCCUGGGCUGCAGGGAAUGCCCCCCUUUGAGGAGAUGAUGCCCUUUAAUGCAAUGCAGUCCAAACAUCCACCUUGACUGUUAGAUUUGUGCCCUGGUUGGGGGGGGGGGGGUACAUGCCCCUUCUGCAAGGAUUGAGGAAAAAUUACAAGAUGCAUAUAUUUCUAAAUUCCCUCUUACCAUCUGUGUUGGGAAUUUCUGUACACACACACACACACACACACACACACACACACACACUUAUUCUUUUAAACGAUCUGACCAGGACCACAGCUAUUAUUCUGUGUCACCAGGGGAAUUAGUUGAAGUACUUAUAAAAAUUAUUUUUAUUUUUUAAUACAAAAACAAAGAUGAUCUGAUA